AACUAUUUAUGAAGCAAAAUAGAUUAGCGUGUGUUAAGAGAAAAAGAAGUAUUAAACUAAGAAAGUUUGAAAGGAAAAAUUGUGAACCCCAUGGCCUCCACUAAUUCCUCCCUAUUUAUAGCCUUCAUCCAUUGCCAUCUUCUUCCUCAAAAAAUCAUCUCUUUCUCCAUUUCUACAACAAAACCCUAAACCUACUCCCCCAUCUCUGUUUCUCUUUUCUCUCUAUAAUGGGUAGCGUUGAAAGAGAAAGAAGAACAACCACAGGCUUUGCUGCAAGAGACCCAUCUGGGUUUCUCUCUCCUUACACUUACGAACUCAGAGAAACUGGGCCAGAAGAUGUUUACAUAAGAGUUAUAUGCUGUGGGCUUUGUCAUACUGAUGUUCAUCAAAUCAAAAACGAUCUUGGAAUGUCCAAUUACCCCAUGGUUCCAGGGCAUGAAGUGGUUGGUGAAGUGAUGGAAGUUGGGGAGAAUGUGAAGAGAUUUAAAGUGAAGGAUAUUGUGGGAGUUGGAUGCAUAGUUGGCUCUUGUAAAACUUGUGAGAGAUGUGAAACUGAUAGGGAACAAUAUUGCAAUAACAAGAUUUGGACUAAUAAUGAUGUCUAUACCGACGGCCGGCCUACGCAAGGCGGGUUCGCCGCCGCCAUGGUCGUCGACCAAAGGUUUGUGGUGAAAGUACCGGAAGGAAUGGCACCGGAGCAGGCAGCGGGGCUGCUAUGCGCGGGGGUGACGGUGUACAGUCCUCUGAACCAUUUUGGGCUAAAUAAAAGUGGGCUAAGAGGAGGGAUCUUAGGGCUCGGAGGAAUUGGGCACAUGGGGGUGAAAUUGGCAAAGGCAUUGGGUCAUCACGUCACAGUCAUAAGCUCCUCCAACAAGAAGAGGGAAGAAGCUCUAGACCAUCUCGGCGCCGACGACUACCUCGUCAGCUCCGACGAAGCUCGGAUGAAACAGGCCGUCGACUCUCUUGACUACAUCAUCGACACCGUCCCAGCCUUUCACAAUAUCGAGCUUUAUCUUUCGUUGCUCAAGCUCGACGGCAAGUUGAUCUUGUUGGGCGUUAUUAAUAACCCUCUCCAAUUCGUCUCUCCCAUGGUCAUCCUUGGGAGGAGGACGAUCACGGGGAGUUUCAUCGGGAGCAUGAAGGAAACACAAGAGAUUCUUGAAUUCUUUGAAGAGAAAGAAUUGAGUACGAUGGUGGAAGUGGUGAAGAUGGAUUACAUAAACAAAGCCAUUGAAAGGUUGGAGAAGAAUGAUGUUAGAUAUAGGUUUGUGGUGGAUGUUGAAGGAAGCAAGUUUUAAAUUAAAGAGAAGAGAUAAUUAAUUAGACUACUUUUCUUCUUCUUUCUUUCUUUUUUUUUUUUUUUUUAAAUAAUCUUAGGGCUGCUUUUUUUUUUUUUUUUUUUUUGUCUUAUUAAUUAAAUCUCUACUUUUUUGGUGAUAAUUCUAGAAAUUUGAAAUGUAGUAAUUGGUGUAUGAAUUUUGAUGUGGGAAAGUUUGAGUCUAUAGUGUUUGAAAAGAAUGUGUUCUUUAUUAAAGCUAUGGAAUAUACCUUUUUUAAGCCAACUUUUAUAGGCUAUA